UGAGCAAGAGUCUGGCCCGAGUUGGCUGGAGCUGUUGCCAUGACAAGCAUUUUCUUAAGAAACCUCUGCUGUUGAGACCGUCCAAAGCUGGGGGUUGAGGGGGGGGGAGCACGAACUUCUUGGGGAACCAUCCCUCCGAGGAGAGCAAGGCCAGAGACACCCGUCCAGCUCCCCUGAACCCAUUUUCUUCCAGGAACCUGAGAGGUCCUUCCCUUUGGGAGGGCCGGGGGAGGAGACCCAGCCCACUCCCUGGCCGUAGCUGGAAAGGCGAGAGGGCAGAGGCAGCAUCUCUAGCGUGGUUGCCACACUGGGGAGACCGGUGGGUGGUCACCCCCACCCUACCCCGUCCAUGGAAACCCGGAGGGAGAGUCCCGCUUGGAGAAGCCUGGAUCUUUGCUAGAAAGAGAGAGAUCCAGUUGUCAGCGGCAUCCAGGGAACCCUCCUCUUCCUCCUCCUUCUCCGGCUGCCUCUCUACCAUCGCAGUUGCUGGUCGUUGCUAAGGUGGCCUCCAUGGUAACAUGCACAUCCUGUUUACACCGCCAUCCGGGCAAGUUGGUCUAAGCUAGGAACCUACCUGCCCUGGACAAGCACUGCCAUCACUACCUGGGGACACCAAUCACCGUGACACGUGGUCCAGCUUCCACUCAGUUCCCCCAUCCUCUUCCUCCUCUCGCUGCCAAGCUUCAUACACAAAAAAGGAUCUGGGCUAGAGGCUGCUCCUCCAAAGCCUAUUGCACAGGAUCUAGUCCAUCUCUUUCCCAACUGGGCUCCCAGAGAAGCAAGAAGUAAGAAGUGAGGCAGAAAGCCAGGUGUCCCUGAUCAGUCGAAGGGGAACUCCACAUUUUCUCUGGUCAAGGGGCUUGGUAACAGCAGACAAAAUGACGAACCCAACAGAACAUGCCUUGCCGGCCAACUCGAUGGUCGAGAGCCAUGAAGGGGACUUUGGCUGCUCAGUAAUGGACCUGAGGAAGCUCAUGGAGCUGCGUUCCUCUGAUGGAAUCAACCAGAUCAAUGUCCACUAUGGAGGUGUAAUGAAUCUCUGCAGAAGACUGAAAACCGACCCUGUGGAAGGUCUGUCUGGGAACCCUGCGGACCUGGAGAAACGUAAGCAAGUGUUUGGACAGAACUUCAUCCCCCCCAAAAAGCCCAAGACCUUCUUGGAACUGGUGUGGGAAGCCCUCCAAGAUGUCACCCUCAUCAUCCUGGAGAUCGCGGCCAUCAUCUCCCUCGUCUUGUCUUUCUACCGUCCCCCUGGGGAGGAAAAUAAACAGUGUGGUCUACCUGUAAGUAGCCCAGAAGACGAAGGAGAGGCGGAAGCCGGCUGGAUUGAGGGGGCAGCCAUCCUCUUCUCCGUGAUCAUCGUGGUGCUGGUGACUGCCUUCAACGAUUGGAGCAAGGAGAAGCAAUUCCGGGGGCUGCAGAACCGCAUUGAAAAGGAACAGAAGUUCUCCGUGAUCCGAAAUGGCCACAUCAUCCAGCUGCCCGUGGCUGAGAUCGUGGUGGGUGACAUCGCCCAAAUCAAAUACGGUGACCUGCUGCCUGCGGAUGGGAUCCUGAUCCAGGGGAAUGACCUCAAGAUUGACGAGAGCUCUCUGACUGGGGAAUCAGACCAUGUCAAGAAAUCCCUGGAAAGAGACCCAAUGCUGCUCUCAGGGACCCAUGUCAUGGAAGGUUCUGGCCGGAUGGUAGUAACUGCCGUGGGUAUCAACUCCCAGACUGGAAUCAUCUUUACCCUUUUGGGAGCCAGUGAGGGAGAAGAGGAGGAGAAGAAGAAAAAAGGUAAAAAACAAGGAGUCCCUGAAAAUCGCAACAAAGCAAAGACUCAGGAUGGAGUGGCCCUGGAAAUCCAGCCACUCAACAGCCAGGAGGGGAUCGACAAUGAGGAAAAGGAGAAAAAGGCAGCCAAGCUGCCCAAAAAGGAGAAGUCGGUGCUGCAGGGCAAGCUGACGCGCUUGGCUGUUCAGAUUGGGAAAGCCGGCCUCAUCAUGUCUGCCAUCACGGUUCUCAUCCUGAUCCUGUACUUUGUGAUCGACAACUUCGUGAUCCGCCGCAGACCGUGGCUAUCAGAGUGCACUCCCAUCUACAUCCAGUACUUUGUCAAAUUCUUCAUCAUCGGCAUCACCGUACUGGUGGUGGCCGUGCCAGAGGGGCUGCCACUGGCCGUCACCAUCUCGCUGGCCUACUCUGUGAAGAAAAUGAUGAAAGACAAUAACUUGGUGCGUCACCUGGAUGCUUGUGAGACAAUGGGCAACGCCACGGCCAUCUGCUCUGAUAAGACCGGCACGCUGACCAUGAACCGCAUGACUGUGGUACAGGCUUACAUUGGAGACACUCAUUACCAUCAGAUCCCAAGCCCUGACGCCCUCAUGCCCAAGGUCCUGGACCUUAUUGUCAAUGGCAUUUCCAUCAACAGUGCCUAUACCUCCAAGAUUCUGCCUCCGGAGAAGGAGGGAGGCCUCCCACGGCAGGUGGGCAACAAGACCGAGUGUGCCCUUCUGGGCUUUGUCACUGACCUGAAGCAGGAUUACCACGCCGUGCGCAACGAGGUGCCCGAGGAGAAGCUCUACAAGGUGUACACCUUCAACUCUGUGCGCAAGUCCAUGAGCACGGUCAUUGAGAAGCCCAGCGGGGGCUACCGCAUGUACAGCAAGGGCGCCUCUGAGAUCAUCUUGCGCAAGUGUAACCGAAUCCUGGACAAGAAAGGGGAAGUGAUGCCUUUCAAGAAUAAGGACCGAGACGAGAUGGUCCGUGCUGUCAUCGAGCCCAUGGCCUCCGAGGGCCUCCGAACCAUCUGCAUAGCUUACCGGGAUUUCAACGACGGAGAGCCCACAUGGGACAAUGAGAACGAAAUCCUCACUGAACUCACGUGUAUCGCAGUGGUGGGCAUUGAGGACCCUGUGCGCCCGGAGGUACCCGAAGCUAUUGCCAAAUGCAAGCGAGCUGGGAUUACUGUCAGAAUGGUGACAGGUGACAACAUCAACACAGCCCGGGCCAUCGCCACCAAAUGUGGUAUUGUGACACCUGGGGAUGACUUCUUGUGCUUAGAAGGCAAAGAAUUCAACCGACUUAUCCGCAAUGAGAAGGGAGAGGUGGAGCAGGAAAAGCUGGACAAGAUCUGGCCGAAGCUUCGAGUCCUGGCACGAUCAUCCCCCACGGACAAACACACAUUGGUAAAAGGCAUCAUCGACAGCACUGUUGGGGAGCAGCGGCAGGUGGUGGCUGUCACCGGUGAUGGCACAAAUGAUGGGCCGGCUCUGAAGAAAGCAGACGUUGGUUUUGCCAUGGGUAUUGCAGGCACGGAUGUAGCAAAGGAGGCAUCAGACAUCAUCCUAACAGAUGACAACUUCACCAGCAUUGUGAAGGCAGUGAUGUGGGGGCGAAACGUCUAUGACAGCAUCUCUAAGUUUCUGCAGUUCCAACUCACUGUCAACGUGGUAGCCGUGAUCGUGGCCUUCACCGGAGCCUGUAUCACUCAGGAUUCCCCACUGAAAGCCGUGCAGAUGUUGUGGGUUAACCUAAUCAUGGACACUUUUGCCUCACUGGCCCUGGCCACGGAGCCUCCUACAGAGUCUCUGUUGAAGCGUCGCCCCUAUGGCCGAAAUAAGCCUCUGAUCUCACGUACUAUGAUGAAGAACAUCUUGGGCCACGCUGUCUAUCAGCUCACCGUCAUCUUCUUCCUCGUCUUUGCCGGUGAGAAAUUCUUUGACAUUGAUAGCGGGAGGAAGGCGCCUCUACACUCGCCCCCCAGCCAGCACUACACCAUUAUUUUCAACACCUUUGUGCUGAUGCAGCUCUUCAACGAGAUCAAUUCCCGCAAGAUCCAUGGAGAGAGGAACGUCUUCGCAGGCAUCUUCCGCAACCUCAUCUUCUGCGCCGUGGUCCUGGGCACCUUCAUCAGCCAGAUUCUCAUUGUGGAGUUUGGGGGCAAACCCUUCAGUUGUACGAAGCUCACCCUGUCUCAGUGGUUUUGGUGUCUCUUCAUCGGCAUCGGCGAACUGCUGUGGGGCCAGAUCAUCUCCACGAUACCUACCCAAUCCCUGAAGUUCCUGAAGGAGGCUGGGCACGGCACCACCAAAGAGGAGAUCACCAAGGACGCAGAGGGGCUGGACGAAAUUGACCACGCAGAGAUGGAGCUGCGCCGAGGCCAGAUCCUCUGGUUCCGGGGCCUGAACCGUAUCCAGACUCAGAUCGACGUAAUUAACACAUUCCAGACGGGAGCCUCUUUUAAGGGAGUCCUAAAGCGACAGACCAUGGGGCAGCACCUUGAUGUUAAACAUGUUCCUAGCUCAUCCUAUGUAACAGUUGCGCCAGUCACAUCUCCCCCCACCACUUCUGUUCCUGCUGCUGUCUCAUCUCCUACUCUGGGCAGUGAGUGAGAGUCUAUUAUGAUGCAUGAUUUGCUAAAAUGACCACAAGAGAGCACGUGGCAUCCACUUUAACAAACCGUGGCAUCCACUUUAACCAACUGUGGUUAUCUUUUCCUUUUGGUUUUUCCCUUUGACCUCUGACUUAAGGGAAGAAAAACGGGACAGAAAUCCCAAUCCCAAACCAGGCUGUGUGCCCUUUUAUUUUAUUUUAUUUUUUAAUGUUGAAAAACUAUUAAACCAUAAUCAUUUUAACGACAAUAAUCCUGCUUUCUGAUCGUUCCUCUGCAUUGCCUGUUUCUUCCUUGAGUUUUUUGUUUGUUUGGUUUUACUUUGAGUUGUUUGUUGGUUGGUUGGUUUUGCUUUGUUUGGAUAUGUUGUUGCUCCUCUCCUCUCCUGCUCCUUUGAGUCUAAACUUGAUCUCCUGAGGUUAGAGGCGAGGUUGGGCCAAUGAAAACCCAGCCCUCUCUUCCUGGGAGGGAAGGGGGACAAGUUUCAGAUCUCCUGAAAGAGAAUAUGAAGAGAGCUACCCUUCCCAUGGGCUUUUCUACCAGGAGAUCCCUCAUCAUUGAGCCGACGUUGAACUUGGCCGAUAAUAACAGUCCUUCUGGGCUACCGCCCUGUCGUGAGCUGGCAACAUUGGCGUAGAAGCUGCAGCUGAGCGUGAAGAAAAGAAGGAGCUCAGUUCAGUUGCACAGGGCUGCGUGUCCCCGAGGUUUCACUUUUCAGGGACGGCAAACCAAGCUCUGGUCUAAGAGUCAAUGUAUUCACAUCUGGGCAGGAGAAAUGUAUAUGCAAAGGUCCAAAUAACUUAAUUUUCUUCACUCCAGCUUUUUCCUUUUUAGGAAUUUCUGAAGAGCAACUUUUGUUUUGUUUUGGUCUUUUGCUUCCCCUUUCCUCUAGUUUGACUGUCUCACCCAUAGCCAGCCCUUCACGCCUUAUUUUGCACAUGAAGUUUUAGGUGCCUCUUUCUGGGCCAGCCUAUCAGCUGGAACAUUGUCAGUGUUUAACCUAAGAUCUGGUGCUCCCAUCAGGAGAUGGUUGGAUUCUUGCUAAUGCUUAUGCCUUACAAUUCCGGGUCAUUUCACCUUCCCCAAAGGGGACACAGAGAGGAGAGAAGGCUCUUUGCUGAUAGUGCUAUUAAGGUAUUUGGUGGGGAAGAAGUCUCCGUGUAUUAAGUCUAUUGUGAGCUUCAGAUAUUUGACGAUUUUAUUUAUCUCUUCUUCCCCCAUCCCCCCAAAACCCCAGAAGGGAGGGCACGGUAAAGAAAGAACAGUUGCAUUAUCUGUGGUUCACGUGAUUGUGAGCUGUGCAGGUUAACCAGAAUCAGAUUAUUUGUUGUCUUUGUGGCCAAAUGUAAGUAUUCUGGUGUGAGAUAUGAGGGGUGGGGUUUUCUGUAGAUACAUAUUUCUUUAGGCCCUAAAGCAGUCAAAGAACUAAGUUAAGUCUUACCCUGCAAAAAUCUAAGAGCUUCUCCCUCUAGUCCUUCCAUAUUCCUUUCUUAUUUCCUUUUUUCUUCAGAGGCUUUUUCCCUGUCCUUCUAACUAGUAUCUGUUCUUUUUUAAUUCAUGCCUUUCUGUGAGGAAGGGCUAGUGUCAGCUGUCCCAAUGAUUUGAAGGUGGAAAGAGACUAAGCAGAAGACAGAGCCCAUCGGGUUCUUAUGGAAUUGCUCUUAUGGAAAAGAGGGUAAGCUGCUGACCCUCAAAGGCAGAAACUGAGUCAGGAGACAGCCACACCCGCGCUCUCUCCAGCUGCUCCUACUUACCCAGAUGUCCUAGAAGAAAUAGUCACGCAUUUCAGGACCCCCGUCCCCAUUCCAGAUCUCCAAGUGAAUUCAGUUACUUGUCUAACCUUCAGUAGAUAAAUCUUUAAGAUUUCCCUCUAUAGGAAAACCCUUAAUUCCUUCUCUUCCCCUGGUUUCUGAAAAGAGAACAGAAGACUAUAGAAUCUAGCUGAAGAAAUGGAGUCUUCAUCUGCCCAUUCACUGAGCUCCAGAGAGUGGUCCUUAGCCCUCAUACCUAAUCGAAAGGUCCAGCCUGGUAAGGACUCCUGAGACACGAGAAACAGUCGCCCUUCAAUCAGCCACUUCUAUGUGUAGGACAGGGGCCACAGAAGAGCCAUGUCCCAGAGGUUUUGGGGGACAGUAACUGGGGAAGGAAGGGCUGAUUGGCUGAAUGGAGAACGCCUACAGCUUUCACAGUGGCCACUUCACUAGCUGUGUCUUGUUCCCCGUACUCUGCUCACGCACCAGGCAUCAGGGAAGGAGGAUGCCACCUUUGCUUGGGGUAGACUGGUGGUGAUGUAUCUGUGUGACUGUUCAUCAGCAUGUGUUAUAUAUUCUCUGUUGGAGCUGAGCAGCAUUCUGGCACAGCCCCAAGCCCUCCACCCCCCACCCCUUCUCUCCCCCACCAGGCCACUAGAGGUGCCGCCUAGUUCCCUGACUCCUCUUCCUUCAAGCUUCCCUUGCAGGAUGCUGGUUUCCCUUUAGAUUCUAGAAGCCCUGCAGUCUAGCCGGAUGACUGUUCCUUGCUCCCCCAAAGAAGGUAUUUUCCCUAUUGUUUCCAUCUACCCAUUCCAAUUCACUUUUAUCUCCCUUAUUGUUUGCCUGUAACAGUGUUAUUGAUCACCCCAACAGGUGAGAGGAAAAGCCAGAAAACAGGGCUCCAGACCCUGGCUCUAACCCCAAUUUUUAAAAAUCUGUUUUCUAUUGGAUUUCACAUAUAAUUAUUUUCAUUAAGUAUUCAGUUGCUUCAAAAAUAAAUAGAAGCAAGAAGUUUGAAAAUCACUGAUAUUGAAGAUAACCAACUGGUGGUGUGAAAAGGUACCUCUUCUUCUGCAGCACUUGUUAAAAACUUGGAAAUCUCAAGAGCAGGUGAAAAGUGUGGGCUAUGUCAUCCCUCCUUACCGGGGGUGGUAUGGCUUUGAACCCAUCUCUUGACCAGGGAGAAGGCACUGGGUUUGGACUCACUUCAUCCAAGGUGCCUUGCUCUCAGAUUUGACGGAGAUCAGUUAAAGCUUGGGGGCCUCUGGAAGACCAAAUGGAGCCUCUGUUCCAUCUGAUCUCACCUAGGUCUGGAGCAAAGAGAACAUGACAGGUAAAAUUCACCCAUCAGAUUGUCAACAGCAGUCAGAGAAGGAUGGAAACGUAGGUCCUUACCUUCUGUUCAGCAUGGCGAAUGUGUGCCCAGGUUCCUUGCUUCUUCUUGGCCGAAGUGUGGAGCCGAUUCUACCGAGCAGCAGAGAGUCCUUUGCCUUCUAAGCUCUGGGCACCCGCAGUCCUGGGUGGGCAAGCUGUUGUGGCGUGAGGCAAGAUAAGGAAAGCCUUAGCCAGCGAAGACACAGCUUCAGUGAAUCCUCUUCAUGUGUUAGUCUUGAAGGGUCUGUCUAGUAAUAGCAUUGCCCGACUCUUUAUGUCUCCUUUGUCUGCACAUUCUUGCCUCUUCCCUAGGGACCUAUUCUUUGCUGAAACAACAGAGGCAUGGAAGAGGGGCCCUAGGCCACCACUCAGCCUCCCUCCCUUGCCCCUCCUACCACACCGGUCUCUCCGGCAGUAGCCUCAUUUCUUUCCUGAGGGAACGAUUUUUGGACAAGACUAGGCUCAGCCACCUCCCCACCACCAAAACCAUCCUCCAGCCACUUUCCUCUCCCUUGGCCUCUCUCUCCCACCGUCUCAGGAUCCAACCUACUGCCCCAACCCCAAUUCUGCCAACCCAGGUUCUAAGCCAUACUUCAGAGAGGCCUACCGUUCAGAAAAGCAGGCUGCCAAAAGAGCGGGGACCCAUGGAUGAGGCAAAGGCUGACCACAGGAAUCAGUUGUUGUUUAUUUUUUUCCUUUUCUCCCAAUUGACUGAAUCCCUUCCUUUUUUGUGUGGUAGAAAGAGACUUUGACACUUAACGGGGCAGUGCGUUUCCCUCUGCCCACUAAAGCCGCGUGGUGUUUCCAUUCCUCCAUCUUCUUCAUCCGCCUCAUCAGAAAAGCCACUUGUCUAUAGCACGGCCUCCAACCGGGUGGUUUCUCUCCUGGUCCCAUCCCUUCCCUUCUCCACAUAAGGUCAUGCCCCCCAAAACCCAAGAAACAGCUGGAGAAAGCCGCAGGCUGGGGCACAGGUAUUAUGCACCAGAGGCAUGGACAUGCACUUGAACUGGGAGAGCCAGCUCUUCUCUCCGUGGUCAGGAGGAAGGCAUCUUCUCAUACCCAUGUUUCAGCCCCAUCUGCCAGGGGAGGGACGGAAGGAGUGGAGUUCCACUUUCUUGGGGGGGCAGGGGACAUGGCAGAGGUUGUGGGAUAGAAAUGUGUGCAUGUUUCCUGACUGAAAGAGCAAUUAUUCAACUGGAGAGUAUAAGAAUUUUAAUUUCUUGCAUGCUGCUGACACAAAUGAAGAGUGCUUUGUCUGCCUUGCUGCACGGUAUCCAUAGCCACUUAUCACCCAAAGUGUAUUAUGUACGGACUGGUAUGAGUUUGACUCUUUAAGGGUUUUAAGCAGAUAACUAAACUUCAAUGUGUAACUUUUCCAUUCCACGUUCACAAAAUGUUUGGCCUCGACACAGAAAGCCACAUGUCUGAAUCAUCUUUUAAGUUCGGCUAUUAAUUUGCACCUGGUUCCAAUGUUCUUGCCCUCAUCCAAAAGAACUAAUGAAUCCUUGUUUUCUGUUUCAUUUUAAGAAUGGAUUGUUUGGGAAUGCUAACUUUGCUUUGGGUUUUCUACCUUUUUUUUUUUUUUUUUUUACUGCAGCUUUGAAAUAUUCAGUUGUUUGCCAUUACUCACCCCACCCCACCCCCAUGCUUGAAAUUUGAUGUUUCUGGCGUUCCAUAAUCUCUUCUUAUGUGUUUGGUUUCGGCUGCUGCGCGGUAGUGUUUUGUAGUUGGAGUUUUGUUUCUCUCCUCAAACCACCAGUGCCUUGUUCUACUGGUCCGUUCUCACCUUCGUGUUUUCUUAUCCUCCCUUUCCUUCCCCCCG